AUGAGUGUUGCUGGAGGUGCUGCUGGUGCUGGAGCUGCUGGAGCCGCUGGUCCUGGAGGUGCUGGUGCUGGAGGUACUGGCGCUGUUGGAGGUCCUGCUGGUGUUGGAGCCGCGGGAGGUGCUGGAGCAGCUGGUCCAGUAGGUGCUCGUACUGGAGGUACUGGAGCUGCUGGGGCUGGUGGUGCUGCAGGAGUUGGAGCUGUAGGUGCUGGAGCUGUUGCUACUGGAGGUGCUGCUGGAGCUGGAGCUGCUGGAGGUACUGGAGCUGGUGGUGCUGCGGGAGUUGUAGCUGGAGACCUUGGAGCUGAGGGUACUAGUGCUGUCUCUGCUGUUUCUGGAGGCGGUGCGCGGCCGCGGCCGUACUACGUUCCGCUCCUUCAGCAGGUUCUUGGUCUCCCACCUUCUACUGGUCCUACUCCUCCCUUACUGACUCCACCGCCUGUCCAGUCACAGUCGCAGUUACAGCCAGCCUCUCCACUGCCUAGUCCUUCUCCUUACUCUGGACCGACUAGUGGUCUUACGGAGCGUCGUGAGCCUGAGUCUCGUCCUGCGUCGCCUGAGUCUCGUCCUGCGUCACCUGAGUCUCGUCCUGAGUCGCCUGUUCACGCUGUUCGCACUGGUCGUCGUGUUCCGCGUCAACGUCCUCCUCCUGUCCCCGGCACUCACUCUAUGACUCUGCGUCCUUCCACUGCUCCACAGCGUGUCCCUCUGCCGUCUCCUCAUGCGUCCUCUCUUCCUGACGGUCCGGACCCGGAGUCUGACUCCCUUCGUUCCGCUAUUCCUACUGUCACGCAUUUUCUGGCCACUGCUGUCACUGACCCUUCGUUUGAGCCCACUGCUGCGUCUGCUCUAGUUGUUGAGCUUGUUGACUUUGCUGCCGCCUGUCGUCUAGACUACGCCGCUAGUCUUGUUGCUGAGUCUGAGUCUGCGUCUGUCUGUCCUCCGUCCGUCGGGGGUGAGUGUGCUUUUGGCACGGGCGUCCUUGAGGAUAGACAGGAGGAGUUUGAGUGCUUUGCCGCUGCUUUACCUCAUCUCGUGUCCAUGCUGCUUGCCCCUGAGGGAGACCUGGAUGCACCAGACAUCCCGACCCCGCGCUCUUACGAAGAGGCGAUAGAGGGUCCCUACUCCUCUCAGUGGCAGACAGCCAUGGACACAGAGAUGGCUUCCUGA